AUGACAACAAUCAAAUCUAUAGCUUGCCAUGUACGACUCCGACCACCUUCUGAGAAAGAUGGCAAGAUUGACCAGGAAGCAAUCAAGAUUGAAGGAGACAAGAUUUCAGCGUUGAACAAGGAUGGAGACAAGAGGUAUCACUUCAAGUUAGACAAGUGUCACGAUACUGAAAGCUCUCAGCAAGAAGUGUUCGACUGCGUAAAACCAUUGGUUGAGCAAGCAUAUAAAGGCAUAAACACCACAAUCUUCGCUUAUGGGGUUACAGGAGCGGGUAAAACCCACACAAUGCAAGGUACGAAGGUAGAGCCCGGCAUAAUCCCAAGGACGGUGGAAGCGAUCUUUCAGCAGAGAUCAAUACUGCGAAAGUCAACCUUGAAUGUUUCCUUUUCGUAUGUGGAAAUUCUCAAGGACGAGGUCUACGAUCUCCUAGGGGAUCGCUCGAUGCCAAAGAAAAGAGACAUACGCAUGUCAGGUGAGGGUCAGAAUAUUGUGGCAGAUCUGGUCAGGCAGCAUAUCAACUCGAUUGAUGAAUUCAGCGAGGUAUACGAUGCCGCUGCGAAGACUCGUAAAACAGCUUCAACGAAACUCAAUUCUUCCUCUUCGCGGUCUCAUGCUAUUUUGACGCUGCAUAUCGAAAUCAUAGACAAUUCGGAUCCGAUGCACUCCAGGAUAGGAAAGAUAUGUCUUACUGAUCUUGCUGGGUCCGAAAACAAUAAUCUCACCGGGAACGAUAAGGAGCGCAUGAGAGAGAGUUCGGCGAUCAAUACUUCAUUGACUACUCUCGGAAAAGUGGUCGAUGCGCUGAAUCUUAAUGCACAAAAAGGGCAUACCGAGAGCGGAGGAGUGUUCGUUCCAUACCGAGAAUCCAAAUUGACUCGUUUGCUUCAAGAUGCUCUCGGAGGUACUUCGCAAGGGUUAUUGAUAUGCUGUUUAGCACCUGGUGAAACGUUCGCUCGGGACACGAUCAAUACGUUACAGUUCGCCAAGAAGUCAAAGGCUGUUGAAAAUCGAUUGACUGUUCCCGAGUACAGUUCCAGACAAGCCUCAGCACCCCUUCCCCGUUUGAGCAAACCUAUCAACCCUGAUGCAACCUUUAAGGUGCAUUCAGAACCUCUCCCUUCCGGGGCUAUCCGAUCAAUUCCUGGUCGAAUGGCUUUAGCUACCAUCUCAGCCAAUGCACGACCAAUCCGUUCAACUAAUAAUAGAAUGACAAGAGCGGAAGGAGAUAAAGAAAAUGCACUGAAAGGUAUGACGGAUGAACAAUUGGAUCAAAGGAUUCAGAAAGUGGUAUCUCAACAAAUCGCCCGCGAGAAGGAAUUGUGCCAAGCCCUAUUACCCGUGGAUGAGCAGAGUCCUGUUCCAUUUGUUCUAGAUAAAGACAAGAAUACCGAUCUCAUGAGUACGGAAGAGAAGGAGAAUCGAGCUAGAGUCAUCGUCUCACAUGCUAGAAAAGCUCACUACGCUGGCGACCUUCAACAAGCUUUAUCGCUUUAUCGAAAGGCUCUGGAGUAUGCGCCUACAAACCAUAGAUUAGCAACGAGAAUAACGGAACUUGAGCUUUCGCUCGAAGGGAUCCUACCACCUCAAAGACCGUACUCGAAUCCAUCCAUAAGAGAAUCCAAGAGUGGGAUCAAACGUUCACACGCUCAUAUGGGGUCAUUAGCGGAGAUGAGCUAUGAAGAAUCUCCCCUCAAGAAGGAGAAGUUACGAUGA